AUGUCGAUGCAAGACACAGUGCAAAAGGUACUUGACGCCGCCACGGCCGAUGUUUCGCAGCCAACUGGCGUUCCCGGUGCAGUGAUGUACAUUGCCGACAAGACGGGCAAAGAGAUCGCAUGGGCGUCUGCGGGUGUCAAGCAGGCGGGAAAGUCUGCGCCGAUGACCAAGGAUUCUGUCUUCUGGAUUGCUAGCUGCACCAAGCUCAUCACCGCCAUUGCCUGUCUCCAGCUUGUUGAGCAGGGUAAACUCGACCUACAAGACCGCGUGACCAAACACGUGCCCGAAUUCGAGAGCGUCACCAUGAUCGACGGUUCCAAGCCCAAAAACGUGCCGACGGUCUGGAACUGCCUCACCCAUACGUGCGGUUUGGGUUACUCGUUCUUCAACCAAAAGCUCAAGGAUCUCGAGGCGACUAGAGGUAGAAAGGUGAUUGACAGCUUUGAUGCGUCCAAGCAGAGUAUCAUGGGCCCGUACGUCACCGAGCCAGGUUCCGAGUGGGAGUACGGUGUGGGCAUCGACUGGGCUGGUCAGGUGGUGGAAAAAGUCUCCGGUCUCUCACUCAACGACUACUGCCAAGAAAACAUCUUCAAGCCGCUCGGCAUCAAGAAUGCGAGCUUCCUUCCAAAGAAAGCCGGAUUGUCGGACAAGAUGGUUGGGUCGCAUCAUCGGAAUGCGCAAGGAGUUAUCUCUGCCAAUGAUCACUGGAUGCAAGCAGAUGAGUCCAAGAUCGAGGUGCAGUACGGCGGUGCUGGACUGUGGGCGAAUGCGGCCGAAUACUGCCAGGUGCUGGUGGCACUGCUGAAUGGUGGAACACACCCCAAGAGCGGCGGCACGAUCCUCCAGCCCGAAAGCGUAGAGGAGCUGGUCAAGGAGCAGCUUCAUGGCAAGUUGGCGGACGACAUGAAUCGCGAGUUCCCCAACACGGAUCCGGAUAUUUCCAACUACUUUGAGGGUUGCACCGUCAAAGGAAUCCCCAAAACGUGGGCGCUCGGUGGAUUGCGUUUGCUCGUCGAGCAUCCCAUGUUCAAGCGCAGCGACAAGUCUCUGUUCUGGUGCGGCAUUCAAAACAGUUUCUGGUGGGCCGAUUUCAAGGAUGGCACGUGCGGCAUGGUACAAUCCCAGAUCGGACCUUUCCUCGACAACGGCACACUCGCAAUCAUCGCCCAGAUCGAACCUCAGGUGCACGCUGCUUAUGCUUCUUAG